CAUUUCGUGUGAUGUAUUGUUCGAGUGCGAUUCUUCCGCGGAAGACAAUUUCGUUUUCAUAGGAGCACAAACAAAUUUUGUUAAAUUAAAAGGUUGCUUAUAUGUUAAAAAUAUUGAAUAGUAAACAAAACAAAUUCAGAGCGAGUGGAAUUUAGAUAGUGAUUUCAAAGAUAUGAUGCACAAAUCGGAAAUUUGUUGAAAGUCAAGCGAGGUGUGCAAAACAUUUUGUAAAUUGAUGAAGUGCUUGGUGUCUGGCAAAAAUGCACACAUACAUAUGUGUGUCGAUGUGAUACGUAUGCAUGCCUGUAUGUGUAUAACCGAUUAUUAUGUUGAAAAGCGAAGGAAGUGAAUUUCUUUUACAAAAUAUCGCGACAGUUAUUUAUCAAUAGAAAUUAUAGAAAUAUAUACGCACACAUUACAUUCAUUAAGACGAUGUAACCAAAACAGUGUGAUUUGUGAAAACAAUAAUUUAUACAAGUAAACAAAUGAAAUGAUAAAAAAUAAGAAAAUCUAUUGUUAAAAGUAAAUCAAUAUCAAAAUUAAAUAUAAAUAUGUGUCUAUAUACAUGUAUGCCAAAAAUGCUUAGUAUUUAUGAAAGCUUAUAAAAAUUUGAAAAUUAUUUGUGAAAAGUAUAAAUUUGUUUAUUCGGCAAAUAAGUGUUUAUGGGAAAAGCAAGAUUAAUUAUAAGAAAACAAAAAUUUGCGGAAGUGUUUUAAAGAGUUGAUUGUAAUUAACUGUGCUCUCAAAAGAAGCGCUUUUAGAGAAGUGGAAACGCACAUAUCAAAAUUCUUUUUACACAUAGUAUAAUUGAGCUACCUAUCGGCUUGACGUACGUAUAUAUAUACAUAUCCAAAAAUCUCAAAACUUAAUGGCUUUGACGGUUUGCUAUUUUGCAUUUCCGUCGCUUUAAACGUGAGCCGUUAUAAAUUAGCAGUGUUGCACAAGAACAACUGACAGCUGUUUGUGAGGAGGAGUAGAAUAUUACGAAAACAAGGAAGAAGAAGGCAAAGAAUAAUAAGACGCAGAAAAGACCAAUGCAAUUUACAAUCACUAUUAUAGUAAUGACAAGAUGUCAAAUGCAGUUGCACAUAGCAACAAAACCAAAUAUAACAAGAGGAUUGACAGCAAAACAUUUUAAUUGAAAAUCCACAGAGAAUGCUGCUUAUAAACACAGAAACAACUACAUAAGAAAUAAAACUAACAAAACAAAAAUAAAAAUAAAACAAAAUAGGGCAAAAUUGCGCUAGCAUGCUAACACACAUGCUGAGAGGUUAAGUACUAACUGGGGCGUCUAUUUGAAGGUUAGGUGGCUUGGAACACAUAUCACUGCCCACAGAAACCUCGGGCGCACAUCAAACCUGCACUCGAUGAUUCAUCAGAGUUCUCGAAUAUUUUUUAUAACUUAUUGUUGCCUGCAAGCAUUGUAGUGGCCUACAAUAGGGGCAACAACAGCGUUUGCUACAAACUCAAUUUAAUAGACUGGGCAAAAAACACUGAGCCAUACAUACCGCAGCCAACACUUCGAUGGGUAAGACGUGUCCUACGCCCAGCCUUAAUUCGAGCAUCUCGAACUCUGUCAUAACGAAUGCGAGCAGCAACCACAACCAUCAUCACCAGCAACACCAACAGCAACAACACCACCAUCACCAUCAGCAUCAUCAUCAGUCUGUGCCGCUGCCACCACCACCACCGCCGCAACCGAUACCACCGCAACAGCAUCAGCAUCAACAGCAGCAGCAACAACAACAACAACGUUUUCCACAGAAAUACAUGAAUUCGAAGCGUAAACAUGCCAACAAUUACCACAACAUGCUGAUGCAUCCGGGCGCACAUCUGGAUCACAACAAUUACUUGCAUUUGAAUUCGUUGUGGUCCAUCUGGUAUGGUGUUUUGCUCACGCUAUUUCAGGGCUAUUUGGCCGUGCAUGGUGCCUAUCGAUUUCUCGGAUGUUCGCUGAUAACGUGGAAAAUUGAGCCGGUCGCUGAAUUGAAUCUGCAAAUUGUGCUUUCCGGCGUUGUCUUCAUUUUGCUGCCGUUCUUCUUUGCUUCGGCUGUUUUUAAGGUGGGCAACUUGGCUAACGAUGGCAUCAAAUUGGCGACUGGUUCGAAAGAGCGCCGCUGCUCCAUGUCACCACAUGACGGACUAGAGGAGGAGGCACGCGGUGGUACUCUACGCGCACUGUGGACACAUGGCGGCCCAACAUCGGCUUUUGUACACAUCGUGAUCGCUGUGUGUUUGCUGUUGCCGCGUCUGCUCUUGGAGGCUAGAAUAAUUGAAAACGGACUACUGCCAAGAGAGAAUAUUUGGCAAACGGAGCUCGACUUUAUUGCGGUCAAUCGUCGUAAUUUAGUUGUGCUUUCGGUGGUUACAGCACCCUACCAAAAUAGUACAGGCAUCCACGGCGACGUCAGCAACAGUCUGGAGGACGACCAAGACGAUGACUACUACAACGAUACGAUGUUUACGGCUGUCGGUGCUGGCGCUGCAGGAACCGACAUAAACAAUAAUAUGUUCGACAUGCUCACGAGUUCGAAGCAAGUUAAAUUCGGCAAUCGGAAGGCGGAAGCAAAGGCGAAGAGUAGCAACAAUAUAGGAGUGGAUUUUCGUGAUGGCGGGAAGACAAGAUAUUUUGAAGUGCCCGAUUUAAUUAAUCAGAACAGCAAGGAAGAGCGAAGAGACCAAGAGGAAGCAAAUAAUAAUGAUGAUGGUGUUGCUGAUGUUGAUACAAACCGCAAGAACAACAAUAAAUUUGACUUGAAUGAAGGAACUGAUAUUUAUGAUGGUAGAGGUGCCGAAGGAGGUGGCGUUUUCGCAGGCGGUGGUGAUGGUGAGGGCGAGAGCGAAGGACGCAUUUUCGUUGAACAUUUCGAUACAAAGGAUAUUUGGAGUGGCAAAGCUGUUGACAUACCACAAACGGCAACCGCAAAAACCAGCACAACAACAACUGUAAGGAAUUCGGUAAAUUUGAUAGUCGAGAAGAGCAACAACAAUAACAACAAGAAUUAUGAUCAAAUGUGGGACAAGUUGGGCACGCUUGGCAAGUCAAACAGCCUUGACGUUGCGGCGUCGGACAUUGAGGCAGCACUGACAACAAUUAAAACAACAACAACAAAAACUAAUAGCCAAGAACCAAACUCAUCUGUCAAAAUUACCAGCAGUGUGCAACCGAAAACAACAACUACAAAUGCAUCCAAUGAACUUGGAAAGACAAUAGGACGCGGCUUGGACGCAACACUUGGAACCACUGCUGGCGCUACAACAACAGCAGCAACCACAAAAUACUUAAGCAGUGUGGCGGAGAGAACAAGUAACACGAAAUUGACAACAACAACAACAACAACACAAACCACCAGCGGGAGCAAGAAAAGCAACAACAAAAACAACUACAAUGACAAUGAUAAUGAAGAUAUAUUAGUUGCCGUAAGUUCCACCACAACAGCUGCCCCACCAGUGGCACACACCCAACCCACACGCACGCACCAUCACCAUAACCAUAAGGAACAACCACAACAAGCCCACCACAACAGCACACAUUCGACAAAAUCAUCGCGUAAACAUCACGGCCACAAUCGGCAACAUCAUCGUCAACGCGGCGGGCAACAACACAAUCGGCGCCACCACACCAACACCGCUGGCGGACGUUCCAGUGAGUCGACCGCAACACGCACCUCACGCCUCGACACAGGUCGUGCCGCUGUCGAUUUGCGACCUUCAAACGCGUACGGCAACAACAAAGCGGCAGCAACAAAUAUCGAUUUAAAUCGGCUCGAUGAGUUGGAUUUGUCUGCGAGCACAAACUUUGAGCAGUCCAUAAAUUUGCCACGCGGACAAAACCGCGGCGAUUCAGCGGCAUCUUUUGAAACAGAUGCGCUCGAUUACGACACACGCCGCAACUACGGCAAAUCAACAGCAACCAUUAGCACGACAACACGUGACAGCAACAUUCAUAUUGUUAAGCCCGAGAAGUUGCCGGAGAUUAUACCCUCCACGCCAUUAACAAGCAAUUCGAAAAUUAUCGAAAUCAAAACCAAAAGCGGCAGCGGCAGCGGCAGCAAAAGUGCCAGUAACGGUAAUAUUGUGAAGCGUAUCAAGCGUAUGGCCGACGAGGAGAUGCAGGUGGAAAUCGAGCCGGAAUACCUGGUGGGUGAAUUAGCUGGCAAUGAUUCGAGCGAGUAUAUGGCAGCACCCUCAUCAGUAGCCGGUUCCGCUACAUCUGCAAUAUCUUCUAAGUCAUCAGCUGGCAGCAGCAUCGCAACCGCACAGCAGCCACCACAAACGAGUCUGGUGCGCCUCGAUGGUUUCGCCGGCAUGCUACAAAUCUUCUUCGGCAUUGAAAAGCCCAUCGAUAUGUCGGUGUUCGACCACCCGCCAAGCGCGGAGUUUGUGAAUCUUGUCUUUGCGCUGCUGGUCUGGUGUGUACGUUAUCCUGCUGUCUUUUGGACGACAACGAAAUCAUUCGCGACCAUCUUUAGCAUACAAAUGAUUGCUGUCGCUUUAGAUAUCACAUUUAGCUACAUUGGCGCUGCCAACUUAUACAAAUUGCAGGUGUACAGCGAGGCUAUGCCCAUCCAAAACUCCGGCCUCAUUUUGAACGGUGUGGUAACGUUGGCACUGUUUCUACUGUCGUCCGUGCUGAUGAUUGCCUCAUCGAUGAUUAUGUAUUUGUAUGGGCACGGCAGGUUGGCGGCGAAAAUGCGUGAUCGCUCAUUAAUCACCAUGAAAUCGAGUGAAACGUGGAUUUAUUUUGCACACUGUGCGUCGCUCUGCUACGUUUUGGCCCUAGCUGUGGUGAAGGCGCCACUUUUGAAUGACCUCAGUGUCACGUAUAGGAAUAACUUACACUGCCCGACAUUUUUUUCAGCUCUCAUCAGCGUCGUACAUCUCUUACUGUGGAUUGUCAUUUGGCUGGGCUUAACGGCCAAACGUCGUUGGACCUUCAAGUUGCCACCAAUGGAUGCCUAUGGUAUCACAAAAGCUACGACACAACCGUUAUUGAUGGCGAAUCGCAGUAGUUUGCCCAGCGCUGGCAGCGUUAGCGGCAGCGGCAGUAAUAUAGGCAGCUCGGAGCAGAAGAGCUCAUCCAUGAUGAGUAGCGGUGGAAUGGGUGGUGGUCGUGGUGGCAAAUUGAGCACUGAGUCCAGCACCGAUGGCGGCGGCGAUGAUGUAUACUGGCCAAAAUUGACACCAAGUUCACCAAAAUUGAAGGUUACCUUCAAUGAAGUACCGAGUACGUCAGAUGAUGUCCUACUAAUUGGUGACCAAGAACAAAACGAUGGCAAGCGCCAUUCGCCCCGUGGAACCGCGAUAUGUUUUGCCAGUGUUGCGGGGGAAAUUGACGACGGAGAAUAUGCGACACUAAGAACUGCCAGCGCUGCCACCAUGGCAGGCAUCACCGUUACCAGUAUGAGCAGCAGCAGCAGCACCAGCCACAGCAGAACAACAGGCAAGAGCAACAUUGACCCCAUCAUGACGAUCGGCUGUGGCAAUGAGACACAUGUCGGCGGCCUCACCAACAAACACAGCACAACUCCCACCGGUGCGCAUGGCAUGAAACUUUUACAACUCAGCGAAUACGAUGAGCUGCCACCGCCACCACCACAACUAAUGCCAACUAGUGGUGGCAAUCACUCAACAGCCGUUCGUGCAGAUUAUACCAACUACGUUAGUGGUGGUGGUGGUGGUGUUGUUGUCACUGACCCUGACGGUGGUAACUAUAACAACACUGCCGGCAGUGGUAGCUUCGGUGAUGACAGCGCCUCGGAGGAGGGCAAACUAUUGGCUUGUGUGCGUGAUGAUAGCGUGACAUAUGCAUCGACUCGCGAUUUGGAGCCGCCAACGGCAACUACAUUGCCGCCACCACCGCCACCAAAGCAUGCCACAGAUCAGCAGCUCAUCGGCACGGGCUGUGCUAAUAUGAACACCAAUAUCGCUAAUGGUUUAGCAGAGAUGAAUAGGAGUGGUGGCGGUGCUGGUGGUGGUAGUGAUGUCGCUACUACUGCCAUGGCAGGCCGUGCUCCCCAAGCUAUACCGGAGAAUAUGCAAUUGUCUUCGUCGCCGGAGCAUCUAGUCAGCCCAUUGGCACCGGUGACGGUCACGGUGCACACUAACGAAGCACAUAUCGCCUCCAGUUCGACACCGCGUUGCUUGCGUCGUGCCGAUUCGGGUGUACCAAAUGAAGCGCUCACACCGCGCAGCGACACCACCUCCACCACAGAGAGCACCACAUCACCGCCCGAACGCGCACCAUCCGAAUCGUCGAGUGGCGUGCAUUCGGGCGAGGAACGUGACGUCGAAGUGGUCAUACGACCACGUUCCGCCUGCAAGCCACCACCCAAGCCGCCACAACCGCCCAUACAAGAGGAACCCUACGGACGUUGCACCAACAUGCGCAUGUCCAGCUUUGGUGGCGAUGCAAUCGGAGCGGCUGGCCGCGCACUCAACAGCGCCACCCUGCCACUGACACGCUCGGCGCCCGAACAGAAAUUCGAUUAUGCCAAUCAUUGCAGCACAAUGCCAUUACCGGCGGCUUGUCACAGUCAACAGCAAGCGACGCAGGCUGUACGCGGCAGCGGCAACUACGGCAUGACCACAUCUGCAUACUCGAUGCAUUCACAACCACCGCUGCCGCUGCCGCCGCCGCCACCGCCACAGCAUAGCGGCCUAAGCAGUUUUCGUUCGCAAUAUGCCAACUCAGCGGUGGCAAUGGCCGGUGUGAAUGUAGCGCGCAUGCAACAACAUCAACAACAUGAAACGCAGCAACAGUACUCAGCGCCACAGUCAAUAUCACCACCGCCGCCACCACCGCCCGUCGGCAUGCACACCACACUGCCGAACGGCGUGCGUUACUCAAAUCCGCAUUUCCUGCGCCGUCUGCCGCAUGUCACCAAAGCGGCUGAAUCGCCAUAUGGACAUUUGGGAUUGGGCGCCGGCCAUCAUACCUUCUCCAAACUACUGCAGGAUCCACUACAACACAGUCUAGUCAAUACAGCCAUACCCGAAGAUCGUGACUCGGCCAACUACUCGAUGUCUUCGGAACAAGACUGCGGUAAUUUGUAUGCGACCGCGGAGUCGUACAACUAAAGCAGUAUUGCGUAAGCGAUUUUUGUCGAGCGGGCGAAGUCAUUGCAGCUGCAGCUCAACUGGUUAUUCAUACAUAUAUACCCUGAUAUUUUGACUAUUCGAUUUUGAUAACCACUAAAAGUUAUUUAAUAUAAAGAGCAGGCGCGUUAAGCAAAUACUAUCACGAAUUGUGACUAACUAAAGUUUCGAAAUGGGUAAAGAAUAAAAUGUGUUUGUUUGCGCAUGCGGUGGGGAAAACAAUUAUGUAUAAGAGAAGAAAUUUUAAUGAUUAUGACUUUUUAUAGUUUAACACGCUAACACUUCAUCAUUAGUGCUACUUUCGGCAUACUUCGACUGAAAUUAAUACAAAUUUCAAAACAAAAAUAAAAAUUUGCUCAGACUCAGACACCAAUUUGCUUGCAAUUUUUUUCACAAAUUUGGUUGCUAUUGCAGUGGAAAUAAAAUAAAUAUUGGGUAGUCGAAAAAGUAUUUUCGUAUUUCGUCAAUGAAUGUCGUUGCAGUCGUAUAUCUCCAGUGCUAUCAAUCACAUUGUGUCAUACCAUAUAGUUUUGGAAAGGUGAGAUUUUAAGUUUCAUUUAACCAAAAAAAAAAAAAUUAAUUUCGGGAAAGUUGAAAAAAAGUUACAGCUAUUCAAAAAUGAGUGAAAAUAAUGAAGAAAUUCGCUAUAUUUUUCAAUUUUCAAUAAAAAAUAGUUCGCUCGCUUACGUUCUGGAAAUUUCAAUGUAAAAGAUGCACGCUCUAGUCGAUCUAUCGUUGAAAAAGUCGAUGAAAUUAUGGAAAAGAUUGCCCAGGACCGUCAAAUUAGCAGCCAUGAUAUCGCUAAGGAACUUAACAUUCAUCAUCAAACGAUUUUGAACCAUUUAAAAAAGGUUGGCUACAAAGAGAAGCUCGAUGUUUGGACACCACAUGAAUUGUCUGUAAAAAAGUUAAUGGACCGAAUUAACAUCUGCGAUUCUUUGCUGAAACGAAAUGAAAUCGAACCAUUUCCGAAGCGAAUCGUAACAGGAGACGAAAAGUAGAUCAAAUUAGACAAUAAUUUGUGAAAAAGAUCAUGGUCCAAACGUGGUGAAGCUCAACAAAUGGUCGCAAAGCCAGGAUUGACGUCACGAAAGGUUAUGCUGAGUGUUUGGCGGGAUUGGAAAGGAAUCAUGAGAGCUCCAGCCUGGUCGAACGAUUCACUCUACAUUUUACUGUCAACAACUGAUGAGUUUGAAUCAAGCAAUCGAAAAAAACGGCCAGAACUGAUCAACGGUAGACCACACACAUCUUUGAUGAUUCUGCAAAAACUGAGAAAGCUUAGCUGGAAAAUGUUGAUGCAUCCACCAUAUAGCCCUGACCUUGCACUAUCGGACUAUCAUUUGUUUCGGUCAAAGCAGAACUCCCUUAAUGGAGUAAAGUUAGCUACAAGAGAGAAGCCUGUGAAAAUUACUUGUCACAGUUUUUCGACGAGAAACCAGAAAAGUUUUACACUGAUGAAAUAAUGUCUCUAGCAGAAAAAUGGUAAAAAGUGGUCGUCAAAAUAGUACAUAUUUGGUUCAUUAAAGUGCAUUAUAAAUAUAAAAAAAUAAGUUGAAGUUUGAUCAGAUAUACGAAAAGACGUUUUUGACUACCCAAUAUUUCACUUAUUAGUUUAAUAUUUUGUUCGAAAAUAACGUUUUUUUUUUAAUUGCGCUUGACAACUCUCUGUCUUAUAUUGAAGAAUUCAGCCCAAAUCUAGGUUAAAGACGGGCUUAUCGUGUCUCGGAUAAACGCUUAUAAGAUCUAACUGCCGAAACAUACAUUUCGGCGCAAAAGACUUUCAAGUUCACAAGCUACAUUUCUUGUUAUCACUAUAGCAUUCAUUCGCUGAAAACUUUAAAGCAAAAAAAAAUCGAUUUAAGUGCUAUUUAGAAAACGAGUCAGCAUGAAAAUCAUGGCCGAUUUUUAAAACAUAUUUUAUUUUUUCCUCAUUUCAUAGAACCCACGCAAAAUAAAUUAUUAAAAGCGGCCAUAUACUGUAACUGAAAACCACACAAAUUAUAUAAAAAAAUUAAUUAAGUGAAAUAAUUUAUAAUAAUUGAAUACUAUAAAACAGCUAUAUACAUUUAUAUAUACAUACAUAAAAAAUAAAAAAUAAAUAUGCCAUGGUGGCACUCGCAUCUCUCCCCGCCUAUUGUAUAAACUAUUCAUAAUGAAUACAAAUAAGAUUAGAGUAUUUUUUAGCAAUGCGCACUUUAAGUUUAUAUUAAACUACAUUCAAAAUAAAAUAUAAUAAUAAAAUAAAUAAUUAAAGUAUUAAGAAACAGCAAGCUACAUUUAAGAUGUGCUAAGUUAAAGCAGAAAUUAAGCGAUAACUAUUGAAGAGCAACAACAACGUCUAACAUUUGUAUGUACGAGUAAAGAAAAAUUUGUGCGAGUAUGCAAAUAACGGCACUUGCAUAUAUGUAUGUGUGUGCAGUAAAGAGAGAGAAACCCCUAAAAUAAAUUACACGCAUACAACACUUCCUAACCCACGUCCGCGUCUCAUUUAUUUAGCAUGCUUUUAGGCGUCAUAGUAAGCACGCCAAACACCCUUACAUAUACAUACAUAUACGGGCAGAACUCGUACGCUACUUAUUGUAAACUACUUCCAAUAACAAUAUUUUAUAUUUACAACAACAUAUACAUAUAAGCAUACAUACAUAUAAAUAUAUAUAUGAAUAAGUGAUUAAAUUGAUAAUACUAUUUAAUAAAUAAUAAUAAUAAUAAUAAUAAUAAUAUAAUAAAAAUAAAUAAAUAAAUUACUAAAAUAAAACAAUUGACAGCAAAAACAAUGCUUAUAUAUCUAUAAGUCUUUAUGUAUGCAUGACAAUAUACAUACAUACAUAAAUUCAAACAUACAUAUACACGUAUAUUUAUAAAUGGCUGCUUUUAAAUGUUAAUACGCAUAGUAAAUAUUACUAAACGCAUCACUACUAAAUUAAUGCUAAUUAGCAUUAACCGUUCAAUGACUCGCAUUUUUUAAUUUUAUAAUUAAUUAUAUUUUCUGUAAAUGUACUGCAUUUACAUAAGUACAUACAUACUUAUAUAUAUAUACAUAUAUAUAUAUACUUAGUGUUUAAGCACAAAAAAAAAUUAUAAUAAUAAACUGCGUAUAAGUGGAUAAAUAUAUUUAUACAUAAACAUAUAUUUUGGUGUGUUGUGUUGAUUAUAGCUUUCGUACAUACAUAUGUAUUUUUGUUAACAUUGCAUACAUACAUAAGUAGUAAGCUUUUUUAGACGUCAUUAGAUUGAUUAAGCUAAUUACAAUUAAAUACAUGCGUACAAAAAUGCAUACAGGCACAAUUGUGCAUGUGUGUGCGUGUGAACGUGCAUAUAAAACACGUACUACAAUACAUACAUAUAAAUAUGACAAUUUAAUUAUGUAAAAGCAAACGUGCUAACAGCAAAAAUAUCAUAUUGUAUAAGUACCAUACAUGAAACUAUUCACUCAAAAUUGGCAUUAAAAAUUUUGAUAUACAAUAAAAACGUUUUUUUUUUUACUUAUUUGAAACUUAAUUUUUAUAACACAAAAAUAAAUGUUUUUUCUUGGAAAUAAAUUGCAAUUUUUAUUGUCAAGUCUAACUGAAAUGAAUUCAAUUUUUAUACAUAUUGCUGUGCUGUUAGCGUUGGGACUAAUGUGAAACUCGUUGAGUGCGAAGCAUAUAGAUUGGCCUAAAAGUGAAAAUACAUAGCUUUUCUGUACUGAAGUCUACAUUAUUAAUGUCUAUCAAAUCACUUAAAGACUUAUUCGAAUACUGUAAACGCAACUUUUUCCAAGAAUUUGUGACAAUUAAUAAACUUACUAUGAAUAUGAAUUCAAAA